UUUGUUUAUGUGCGUUGAGUUAUCCGUCGUUCUCCAACAUGUGAAAAAUGAUGAUAUACUUUACUAAAUAACUUUUGGACUGGUCAUUGUUUGGACUUAAUUUUCCAAAACCAGUUUAGAGUCAUGUCAUCGGAGGCCGUGGUUAAAACUGUAGCCAAAAAAUUGAAAUACUAUUUUGAUGUGAAGAGGUUGGAAGAUGGAUUUGACCUGUCAGGUGUAAAUUGUCCCCAGCUAGACCAUCCUCCACUGAAAUCAAGGCCCACCCUCCAGUACGAUGGCCUACAUGACCGUGCCCUCAAGCAUUACUUCAGCCUGCCGAAUGUCAGGGUCAAACUCACUCAGAUGGACAUGGAGGAGAAAGACCCAAGACAGAAGAUAGUCAAAAAGAAACUUAAACGUCACAUGAUCAAGCAUCACUUCCUGCUUACUCGAGACCCAGAUGUGGAACCAUUGUCUGCAAUUUAUGGACCUCCAAAAUCAGGUGGACCACGACCUCGGCCCUCUACACUGCCAGAAUAUGCCUACAUAGAAACCAGAGAGGGGAGACAACUCAGGAGAGACAUGACUGGAUUCGGAAUUCUGAUGCAGUCACAACGUCCCAAAUCCUUAAAAGGAGGCUGGCCUCUUCUGAGGAGUGUUCCCAGUCAUAAUGUCCCCAGGUCCGAGGCCAAAAGACUCGUGGAUGCAGCAGCCAAAGUUCUUAUUGCCACUGAGAAGACAGACUCUGAUGAGGAAGGAAAGAAUGAGAAGAGUUCCCAAAGACCUCAGAGUGCCCCAAGUCCUUUUGAGGACAUUUGUAGUGAAAUUCCAACUGUUUAUGUUAAAAAAUGGAGUGUGAUUAAUCCAAUAGACAACCGCACUACUCCUGUGAAGAGAGUAAACUAUUUAAAGUACACCUGGGAUAUCCAUGGUCGACGGCAUCGGAUCGUCAGGUCCAGCUAUAAUGAUCCUAACAUGAGUGGACCAUCAGACUUCAGGUCAGAGUCCCCUGUCCCCACCCCAGCUCCUCCACCAGAAUCCCCUGAACCGGAACCAAAGAAAGUCCGUCCAAGGUCAGCCAAGCGUAGAUAUCGACAAAAGACAGUAAUAGAGAUGGAUGAGUCCAAACCAAGGGAGGAGGUGUCUGUCGAUAACGGAACACAGACAAUGGAGAAUGGGAACCAGACAGACCACCAGCUAUUACAGCAGUACAAUUAUCUGGACGAGGAAGUGACCUCAGGAGAGAGAGCAGAAUAUCAGAUUUACGUCAGGACUGGUAACAGGAUCGGAGCCAGUACAAAGGCAGAGGUCAAAAUCACGCUGUACGGAGAAAAGGGUCGAACUAAGGAGAUGGUACUGGAAAAAUCAAAGCGCCAUAAAGUCUGCUUCCAAAAGGGAAAAGAGGAUUUAUUCAUUGUCGCUCAACAUCAUGUUGGAAAAUUGCUGAAAGUUAAAAUUGGACAUGAUAGAGCAGAUGCAAGUAAUGCCUGGUUUUUGGAGUCUGUGACAGUUUUUGACAUGCUAAGUAAAAAGAUUUACGAGUUUGUGUGUGACCGCUGGCUGUCGGGUGUGGACGGUGAUCGGAAAACUUACAGAGACCUCCUUGUGGAUCGAGAUCGUGCAUUUAUACAAGCUUUACAGGAGGAGAGUGACACAGACAAGAAAAGUGAUCGCUCCUACAAGAAGCGAUCACAAUCACCAGCCUCUUGGGAGAGUCUCCAUGACGAUCCUCUCAGUGUCCGGUCCAAUCAAGGAAGCUACACAGACACAAAGUCUGACAGGAAGUCCAAGUCUCGCUCCUCCAGACGUCGGGAUGAUUCGGAGUCAGAUAGCGAAUCUGUGAGCAGCUCCUCCAGCAGUUCCUCCUCAUCAUCAUCUGAGACGUACACCACCACUGCUACUACCACCGGCACCACCACUACCACCACCACUGCCAUGAGAGAGAAGGAUGAGUUUUACGAUGAUCCUAAAGGACCAACAUUCACUUUGAGGACAAUUAAAAAGAAAGGACAGAAGGAGACUGUGUCUGUUGAGUCAUCGUCCCAGGAUGGAAAAGCUGAGAAUGGGAAGGAAUUUGUGGAAGGAUAUGAGAGUGGACUUAAGGCUGUGGAGGCUGAGAAAAGAAGACAACGUGAAGAAGAGAAUGAAGAGAGAAGGAGGCUCCUGAGGGGGCCAACAAUACAUGAGGCCGCAGAGAGGGGAAAUCUGAACCGUAUACAGGAGCUCCUCAACUACUUCCCAGAAAUGAAAGAUCAUACAAAUGAGCAGGGCCUAACCCCACUGCAUCUAGCAGCCAAGUUUGGUAGAGUGGAAAUCUUAAAAUGGCUGGCUAUAAAUGAAGUGAACCUGAAUAGAGAAACACCACAAGGGUACUCCCCAAUCCAUCUGGCUGCCAUGAAUGGACAUGUCAACUGUUUAAUGAUUCUUCAUGCAAUGGGUGCUGUUAUAACAUGCAGAACUUUAGACAAGCAAACUCCUCUACAUCUAGCUGCAAUGAAUGGACAUGUGGAGUGUGUGAAAUGGCUUGUAGCCAACAGAAGCAGUAUGUCUGUUAAAGAUGAUGUGGGUCGUACGCCAAGAGAAAUUGGGGAGGAGUUUCACCAUGAUGAUGUCGUCCGAUUCCUGAAGGCUUGUGAAGAUGAAUUGGAGAAUCCUUCCAGUGGGUUUGCUCAACUCAGAAGUCCAGGACAAGGGCUGCCUACAAUAGAAGAGGACUCAAACAGUGAUGAGAAACCAGUCUGGCAAGAUGAUAAUAAAGCUGAAGAUGUUGAAGAUUCUCGCUCUAGUCAAAAAGAAAAAGAGGAGAAAAAACAUUUGUAUGAGGAAACCCACAAAAAGAUGGAACAGAGUGGAGACUCAUUUCUAGAGAGCAUCCAGCGAGAGUUUGAGAGUGGGCCGGGGCCAUAAGCACACAUAGUGAUUAACUGUUUUAGACUUAGAUGGUAUUUCCUGUGAUAUUGUAGGCUUCUGAUGCAAGCACUGUUUGUAAUUGAGUGAGAAAACACAACUUAAAAUGCUAGAAUUCAGAGUAAUUUAAAAAGCAAUAUGAUGCAAGCAACUCAUAUUUAAAGCACAUGCAAUCACAGUAUAUUGUAUAUUUUAAUGCAAAGAUCCAUAAAGGUUUUGAAGAAAUGGAUCAUGAAUAGUAAAAUCUUACGAGGGAUCUGUGCUUAAUUUAAAAAAAAAUGUAGCAAAUCACUGUUGCUUUGUUUUCUUUGUGCAGUAUUGUUGACAGAAUCCUGCCUCUCUGGCAUGGGUGUUGUUGUUGGAAACAGAAGUGAUUACAAUUUAACACUGUUGAUUUAAUAUUUAUCUGUAAAGAAGUAUUAUCCGUCCAAUGCUGAUUAUUUUUUUUACUGGUGUUAUACAUUUAUUAUAUAUAUUCCAAGAGAAAUUUUGCAGACUUUACCUUCUAUUUUCUACAUUUAUUGAAUAUAUAUAUUUAUUUGAGUGAUAUCAGUAAUAAUUUAAGGUACAUGUAUCUAAUAAAAAUUUGCCAAGUCUUAAUUACUUUAAACAAAUAUUGUUUGGCAUUUAUGAAUUAAUAUAUAUGUGUUGACAUACAUGCACGUUGUACCAAUAAUGUGUUGUUUUGAAAAUGUUCUCAUAGCAGGGACCUAUUAUGAAUGUCUAUUUGUUAAUUUAGCAAAGUCUACCAGUUGAUUAAUAUUCUAAUUAAAUGCUGCUUUUUUUUACACUUGGAUUGUACCACCAAUUUUUCUAAUGAUAAUCAUUAGUUUUAAUUGAUGCAUUUUUAAAUUUAUUUAUUUUAGCAAUUUAAUAUGUUUAAAUGUAAUCCAGAAUUCUAUUGUAGUUUAUCUGAAUUUGAGAGCAGUACUAAGCUUCAUUCAAUGUUGGGGUAAUUUUUUGUUUUUUUUAUGUAGAUGCCAAUGUGAUAUUGAGAACUGUUGCAGACAUAGAUCUUUAUGUCUUGGAAAGAUUUUUGUUAAUUAGGUUAUUUAAGCGAUGCUUUAUUAAAGUAUUUUACA